AUGCAGUUCAUCACGGCCUUCGUUUCGCUCUUCGUAGCAGCUGUCACCGCCUUUCCCACCAAGCCUGGCUACCUCACUCAACCUCUGCAGCCUCGUGAUUCCGGCGACGUCUACGCAUGUACAGGUGCCAAUUUCACCGACGUCUGCGCUUGGUUCCGCCAACCCUUCAACAGCUGCGUCGACUUCCCAACAGAGCUGAGCAAGCAAGUCUCGUCCUUCGGACCUGACCCAGGCGCCGACUGUAUGUUGAUGCAAGGACACUGCAACGACACCAUGUUCUACCGUGGCAACAUCAAGUACCCUGGAAUCUUCGACCUCGCCAAUGUCACAUUUGACAACAUUGCAACCAGCUUCAUCUGUAUGCAUCAAUUCAACACGGAGGAGGUUUCAAAGAGCGAGUGA